AUGCCCUCCUCAAUCCCACCCCUGAUCAUCUACGGCUCGCAAACAAUCCCUCCCACAGCAGAAAUCCUCGACCAGCUCGCUUCGUACUUAACACGACGCCAAAACACCCCAGAGCUAGGACCACUCGUCAAGGCAAUUCGGGCCCUUCCCGAAACAUGGGCUACAUUGAAGACGGCCGAGCCUCGCCUUCAAGGCUUAUCUGAUGCGCCGGUUCUCAGUUUGGGACAAUGGCUUUCAGCCACGUCCUCCUCAUCACUGCACUCUGAUAUUACUAGUAGCAGUGACAGUGCCCGUGAUGGUCACACCAACACUUACUCACGCCUGGCAAUUCCAGCCACACUCCCGAAUGUCCUCCUUGCGCCCCUGACGGUGAUAAUCCACAUUGCGCAGUACAGCCAUUAUCUGGAUGGUCUAAAUCUAGACGUUGGUCUGUCUGGUGCCAGUCCUGAUCCCGAUGCUCAUGUUUAUAUCCGGGAGGGCUUUGCUGCCGCUUGCCCUGCUCACACCCCAGACACCGGCAUCGGCACGGCGUCACAGUUCCAAGGCCUGUGCAUUGGCAUGUUAAGUGCCGCGGUGAUGGAAUGCUCCGCGACAAGAACGGAGCUUGGACGGAAUGCUGCGGCCGCUGUGAGGCUUGCCAUGUGUAUAGGGGCAUAUAUCGACUCGGAGAGAGCGCUGGCAAUGAGUGGGUCCAAAUCCAACUGUAGUCUCAAUUCCGACUCCGACGUGGUGUGCUUUAUUGCGCGUUGGGGGGUGGAGUCCGGUCGAGAAAUUGUGGAAGCGAUCUUGAGCCGGUAUUCUGAGGCCUAUAUCUCAGUUGAGCUAGACAGAAACUGCGUGACGAUCACGGUACCGGAUUGCGAUUCGCGCUUUCUGUGCAGGGAAUUGAACAGCCACGGCGUGAGAGUGGCAGAUAUCCCCGUCCGAGGACGGUACCAUAGCUCGAAGAACGAGCCGCUUGUGCGGAGCCUGUUGGAAUUAUGUUCUACCGACUCUGCCAGCCCAUUCUGGGUCCCCUGGGGUGUGGAGAAGCUGGAGUGCUGUUUACGGUCGAUCCUCACCGAGCAGGCGGGCUGGUUUUCCGAGAUGUCAAAAACAGUCAGUUCACUUUCGCACAUGUCGCCCAUGCCAAUGACCGUUCUGGAACUCGGUCUUGUGAGCUCUUUCCCGCCAUCCCUUUCUGUGCUGCCUCAUCUUCGUGUGGUCCGCGGAUCUCUCUCUCUGCCCGCUUCCCAGAUUCAGGGCCAGGACCUGGACCAGGAUCCCUACAACUAUCCAGAAACAUCAGUGGCCAUCAUAGGCACAGCCUGCAAAUACCCAGGGGCCGGUAGCCUCGACCAGCUAUGGACGCUCAUUUCGACCGGGCAAGUAAUGUUCAGUGAAGCGCCUGCUGGCAGAUUCAAAGAGCCGGUUGCUGGCAAUUUCAUUUCGGAUGUUGAUCAGUUCGACUACGGGCUAUUUGGCAUCUCUCCGCGUGAAGCGACGUAUAUGGAUCCGCAGCAACGCAUUGCCCUGCAAGUGGCCUACCAGGCCGUGGAGUCGAGUGGGUAUUUCGCGUCCCCGCAUCCAGAGCUGGAUGUUGGCUGUUAUGUCGGGGUGGGAAGCUCUGACUACGAGCAUAAUGUGAAUCAAAACCCGCCCACCGCGUAUUCAUUCACAGGGACCUCGCGGGCGUUCAUCAGUGGACGGGUAAGCCAUUUCUUCAAGUGGACGGGGCCCUCUCUUACCGUCGACACCGCCUGUUCUUCGUCCGCGACGGCAAUCCAUCAAGCCUGUAACGCUCUCGCGAUGGGCGACUGCUCCGUUGCACUAGCCGGUGGGGUCCAUAUCAUGGCGAGUCUGCCGGCAGAUCGGAAUAUUGCUGCUGCCGGGAUGACGAACUCGAGUGAGCCGUGCCGUCCGUUUGAUGCAGAUGCUGCGGGCUACUCUCGCGGCGAGGGAUGCGGGUUCCUCGUGCUGAAGCGUCUCUCCGCUGCGCGUGCUAGUGGUGAUCAUAUUCUAGGGGUGAUUGCUGCGACAGCGACAAACCAGUCGAAUGGGAGCAGCUCGAUUACCGUUCCUGUCUCGCAGUCUCAGAGUGAUGCCUAUUGCCGGGCUUUGUCCCGGGCCGCCAUGAGCGCAGCUGAUAUCUCCUACGUCGAGGCCCAUGGGACGGGGACACAGCGCGGAGACCCAGUUGAGUAUCAGAGCAUUCGGGAGGUCUUUGGCGGGAAGGAAAAAGUGCACAUAGGCUCUCUGAAGGCUAAUAUUGGACACACGGAGGGUGCGUCAGGAGUAGCCGGUGUGCUAAAGGUCCUGCUGAUGCUGAGACAUGGUCAGAUCCCAGCGCAGGCGAACUUUGCCAGGCUAAAUCCCGCGAUUCCAGCUCAGGAGCGUGAGGACCGGUUGGUCGUUCCCACCCGGCUGCAGAAAUGGGAUAGGAAGUUCCGCGCGGCAUGCGUUAAUAAUUAUGGGGCGGCCGGUAGCAAUGCUGCGAUUAUCAUCUGCCAACCUCCGUGCGACCACCGCAUGGUCCAGGACAAACUGACCGGCCCCGUUGAGCCAAGCCGCUACCCCUUCCUUAUAUUAGCGCAGUCCCCGGUUAGUAUACAAAGGUACUGUGCUGCCCUGGCUCAGUACGUCGAGGCAAAAUCACCCUCAUUGGCUGAAGUUGCCUCCCUUGUCGCGCGGCAGCAGAACCGCUCUCUUCGCCACCGUAUAGUCUUCAAUGCAGCCUCAAUUCCAGAGCUGCAGGACCACCUGCGGCAUCACGCUCAAACUGACGACACGGUGUUAUCGCUGUCCGGCAGACAAUCAAAGCCCAUUGUCCUGGUUUUCGGCGGUCAGAGCGGCUCAAUACUCCACUUUAGCAAAGCAGUGUACGAUGCGUCUUACCAUGUCCGUCAGCACGUGGACAAGUGCCAUGCUCUUAUCCGGCAGAUGGGACUGCUUGGUCUGUUCCCUGAUAUCUUCAGCCAAUGUCCCAUCGAUGACCUGGUGAUACUUCACUGCUGCCUGUUUUCUAUACAGUAUUCCUGCGCCGCAGCAUGGCUGGACUCAGGGCUUUCAGUUCACCGGGUGAUUGGCCAUAGCUUUGGACAACUGACUGCAAUGUGUAUCUCGGGCGUGGUUACUCUUGAAGAUGCAUUGCGACUCGUUGUAGGACGAGCACAGCUGAUAAGGGAUUGCUGGGGAGAUGAGAAAGGGUGUAUGCUCUCCGUCGAGAUUGACAGGGAAGGUGCAGAAGGCCUAGCAUGGUCAGAGCCAGGCAUCGAAGUCGCCUGCUACAAUGGACCAAACAACCAUGUCCUUGUGGGCAGCCAGAGCGCUAUCGCGAACGUCGAAAGAAGAGCAUUAUCAUCUUCGCUGCGGACCCGGAGACUCAAUACCACCCACGGCUUCCACUCUCACCUCAUCGAACCCAUCAUGCCCCGCUACUUGGACCUUGUCAACACCGUUACAUUCAGAGCACCCGUAAUCGCCAUUGAGACCUGCUCGGAGACUAGCACCUGGGGCGCCUUCACCGCACAGCUGGUGGCCGAGCAUUCGCGCUGCCCAGUCUAUUUCUGCGACGCGGUCCAGCGGAUAGAACGGGAUCUUGGACCGUGUAUCUGGCUAGAGGCUGGCUCGGCCUCGGGCGCAGUUAUGCUCGUGAAGCAGUCGCUAAUCAGCGACUCCAGCUCGCUCUGUGGACUCCAACUGGGGUCAUCCAAUCAAAGAAACCCAUUGGACUCAGUUGUCAAUGCGACCUUGGAGCUAUGGACUCAGGGAGCAUCUGCCCAGUGUUGGGUAUACCAUCCCAAAAGUCUAAUUAAUUCCAUUCGACUCGUGGCCUUGCCAGGUUACCAGUUUGAUACGAGUCCGCACUGGCUUUCCUGCGUUGGGCCAGAGGUAGAAGGAAAGGGCUCUUCAUUGGAGCGGAACCCGAGUGAUCUGGUUUCUCUCGCAUCUCUCUCGCAUCCGGGGCCUGGCGUUUGCAGCUUCGAGGUUAACCAGGGGACUCAGAGUCUUGCACAUAUCCUGGCAGGGCGCAGGGUUCUAGGGGGAUCACUGUGGCCGCUUGCUCUUUACAUGGAAGUGGCUGCUCAAGCUACCGCUCUUCUGACCCCUGGCCUGCCACCAGACUCUCGGCUCAUAAGGCUCUUUGGGCUCAGAAUCAAAACACCAAUCGGCGCUAGCCAAAUUGACGGCCUCCACCUACGCUUGGAGCAGUCCGAUAUGCGGACGUGGGAAUUCUCCCUCGAGAGUGACGCCACAGAGCAUGCCCUGGCAACCGUUAUCCUCGACGAUCAACGUAGCAGCACUGGACCGAUACUCGACUACAAAGACCGCGACUAUUACAGUCUUGAAAAGGUUACAGCUCAGGGUAUAAUCUCAGCCUCCGGGAUGAUAGCCUACAAGCUGCUCGAAAAGGUCGCUGAGUACGAGCCUUCACACCGGGGCAUCGAGUGCAUCCGCAUGAACGACCAUGCAGCCAUGGCCCGGGUCUAUCUUCCGAAAGCAGCCGAGGCUGUAGGAUACGCCGGCAAGACAAGAUGCAAUCCAAUACUCAUCGACCAGUCCCUUGCGGUUGCCGAGAUCCACGCGCUGACUAUGGAAGACUGUCAACGCGACGAGGUUUUCGCCUGUUCCGGCCUCGGCGAGGCAACGGUUUUGGCGAGCUUUGCGGGGACAGCAGCAGGGAGGGCCCGGGGCUGGUCAGUGUAUGUCAGGCAAUCGUCCAAGCAAGGCCGAGAAAUCGUUUACGAUAUCUUUGUGUCCGAUGCCGGCGUUGACCGAGGCCAUGGCCAGGACGGGGAUCGGGGCAAGGACCCGUGUCUGGUUCUAGCCCUCGUCGGUGUCAAGUUUCUCAGAACCUCAACUCUUGCUCUUGAACAGAUCGUCGCGCGAGCCAACCUUAACUCCGCACCCGCGUCUCCCGAGAAGGUGGGCACCCCUUUACAGAUGCAGGAAGAGGAGGCAGGCACCGCUACAAUCUGGCCAGUGAUUGCUAGCUUGCUACACGAGCUCACGGGCUGUCCCCAAACGCGGAUAACACCUCAAACAGCCCUAGCAGAUCUAGCAAUGGACUCUCUAAGCAUCAUGGAGUUCAAGGCCAGAAUCGGGGCGAUAUUCAACGUGCACUUACCCGGUAUCAUUGAAGCAAACCCGACCGUCGAGUUAAUCUGCGAUGCGAUUGCCGUUGCACAAACCACCCUGGCCCCGACCCGCUUCUCCCGGUCUCAUUUCACACUUACCCCGUCCGGAUCAGGCUCAGCCUCAAGGUCUCGAUCAGGCUCAUCGCCCUUGGAAUCUGACAGCGAAACGCAAGUCAGCGAAGUAAGCCUUAGCACAUCCGCAUCCACGUCGACGUCCACUAUGCUGGCAAACAUAACCAGGACAGUAUCUGCGCACCUGAGGACCGGGGAAAAGCUACGUCCCAGCUCCCAACUGCACAGCCUUGGACUCGACUCGCUUGCAACGCUGGAGCUGCAGUCUGAUCUUCAACGAAGCUUUGGAUUAAGGGUCUCUUUGAUGCAGCUUGAUGGAAGCGCGACGAUCAGUGACUUGCAUGCGAUGCUUGUGUGCGGGACGCUGAAACAGUAG